AUGGACGUCGCGAUCCCCUCGCACUCCGUACGUGCAUUCUGUGCGUCGUUGGGCUGUCUCAGCCGAGUGGGGAAGGAUGUAUACAUGGAAUUUGAUCCCCUCGACGGCCUUGCGUUACGCAGUUUGAACGACGCGAAGUCUGCUUACGCCUGCUUUCGUUUUGAGCCUUCCUUUUUCGAGCGCUGCACGUCGCCACCGAGCCAACCUCGAGCCAGUGGAAGGAAUCGAAGAAGGUCGCAGCAUUCACGGAAGAGAUCCGUUAAUCACGAUAGCGAUAGCGAGAGCGAUGAUGACAAUGAAUGGCGAUUUUCAUGCCGUGUGGCGCUCCGGGCACUGGCGGCAGUUGUUCGUCCACGGAAGCACGUUGCUAGCUUGGCGAUCACCAGCCGUGUUACUCAUUCGGCACUUUUUCUCCAUUUUGAAUUCAAUAUCCAGGCUCCACCCAAUACAACGUGGAGAGUAACGCAUCGGGUUCCGGUUGCAGAUGCGAACGGUGUCUCCGCUGUCUCAUCCAAAGACGACGCUUCCGAACUCGUAGCUUCUCCACAAACCCUUUUGCGAUUGUUGGAUCCGUUGAAGAAUACAUUGGAGGCUGCUUUUCGGAUCCGCAAUCAAGAGCGACUCGUAGCUGCUACAUCCUUUCAUCCCACAGACUCCGCCAGCUCCAAUGCUCCAAACAAUGCGAUUCUGCAGGCGGCGGCGUCGACUUUCUUGAAAACGGAAACAGGAAUACGGGUCGAUGAACUCGACGAGUUUGAGUUUCGUGACGACCGAGCGAUAGCAGACAAUAUGCCAGAUUACGUCAACGACAAGGCUGUGCUGGUAUUUCCCCUAAAAGAGACCAGAGCCUUUCUAUCGUAUUUCAAAACCGCAACGGGCAGUAACUUUUCUGACGAGCCGCUUCACGUUUCAGUCUGGUUCCAUUGGGGAGGAAAGCCAUUUACUAUGGAGACAAAGACGACGUCUUUCUCUGCGCAACUAGUACUUGCUACUUUAGAUUAUUCCUUGUUGGGACCGUUGGAGGAUAAUUCUGCUUCUAUCGAAAACGACAAUUCUAGUGGAAGGGCCACCAGUGUUGCAGAUAAGGAAUAAUAUUCUAGCCCAUAUUGCAUGAGGUCGC